AUGGUUGGUGGCAUUUCAUCUGAAGUUGGUCAAGUCUUUGAAAAAGUCACCUUUGAAGUUCAUCCCCCACCAGUAUUGCCUGGACAGUUUGUUGGAGUUCCCAAGAAUUACCAACACAUCCUGGCUUUGGCAUUUGCAGUAAAGGAAAUCAAUGAAAACCCACAAAUCUUACCCAAUCUCACCUUGGGCUUCCAUAUUUAUGAUAGCUAUGAUAAUGCUGCAAGGACUUAUCAGGCCACAAUGCUGCUUCUAUCAGCAACUGAAAGACUGGUCCCCAACUACCUAUGUAACAUCCAGAAUAAAGUCGUAGCUGUUAUUGGAGGACUGGAUGCUGAAAUCUCCCUUCAUGUGGCAACUCUCUUGGAUAUCUAUAAGAUUCCACAGCUCACUUAUGGCUCUACUCCAGUAAUGAAUGACAAAACCCCAGGUCUUUCCUUUUAUCAGAUGGUUCCCACAGAAGAACUUCAGCAUAACGGGAUUGUCUCUCUGCUCCUGCAUUUUAACUGGACAUGGAUUGGAAUCCUUAUUAUGGAUAAUGAUCAGGGAGAAAAAUUUGUAGAAACAGUGAUUCCUCUUUUUUCCAAAAAUGGGGUUUGUGUUUCUUUCGUUCAACGAUUUCGCAAACUAACUGAUUUCACUAAACUUGAUGGCAUGCUUCAACAGGGGGCAAAAAUCUAUGAUCAUGUCAUGGGUAGUAAAGUUAAUACACUGGUGUUCAAUGGAGAAUCCUUUGCUAUGGGUUAUUUGUUAUGGCUGCAGUAUAUUCCAAACAUAGAAGAGGUGAGAAGUAAACCAAAAGGCAUUGUUUGGAUAAUGACAGCACAGAUGGAGUUCAGUUUAAUCCCUUUUCAACGAACUUGGGCUAUCAAAAUAAUCGAUGGUGCCCUUUCCUUCACAGUGCAUACUACUGCUCUACCAAAGUUCAGAUUAUUUGCUGAGAAACAAAAUCCCUUCAGUGCAAAGAAAGAUGGAUUUAUCAAACAGUUCUGGCAAGAAGCCUUUGACUGUGUAUUCCCAAAUGUUGUUAUGAGCGAUGUGGAUGAGAACAUUUGCAAUAGUAAAGAGAAAUUGGGGGAUCUUCCUGGACCCUUUUUUGAAAUAGACAUGACUGGCCACAGCUACAGCAUCCACAAUGCUAUUCAUGCCGUAGCUCAUGCUUUACAUGCUCUAUCCUCCUCAAGAAAUACUGCAAGAUCAAUUUUGGAUAGAAUAGGAAGGAAGCUUCAUAGAGAGGAUUUCUGCAAGCUCCACUACUUUCUGAGAAAUGUUGCUUUUAACAAUGGUGCUGGGGAACAGGUAUCCUUUGAUCAGAAUAGGAUUCUAGCAGCUGGAUUUGAUAUUCUCAACUUGAUUGCUUUCCCAAACAAUUCAUUUUUUCGUGUGAAAGUUGGAAAUGUGGACCAUUCAGCUCCCCCAGAUAAAAUAUUAACCAUCAAUGAUGAGAUGAUUACAUGGCACAGCUGGUUUAACCAGGUUAUACCCAUCUCUGUCUGCAGUGAGAGCUGUUAUCCUGGCUUCAGCAAAAAAGUGAAGGAGGGAGAGCCAUUUUGCUGCUAUGACUGCAUCCCAUGCCCAGAAGGGAGGGUUUCAACUGAGAAUGACAGAAACAAAUGUUCUAGAUGCAACAACACAUUCUAUCCAAAUAAGAAACAUGAUUUUUGUAUUCCCAAAACUGUUAGUUUCUUGACUUAUAAAGAACCAUUAGGGAUCACUUUAGCCUGUCUUGCACAUUCUUUUUCUUUGUCUACUGUACUUGUGUUUGGAGCAUUUAUGAGGCACCAUAACACUCCCAUUGUGGUAGCCAACAACCGGGACCUGACCUAUACUCUCCUCAUAUCCCUCUUCCUCUGCUUCCUUUCGGCACUGCUCUUCAUUGGCCAACCAGGAAGAUUUACCUGUCUUCUCCGACAAAUAACUUUUGGCAUGGUCUUCUCAGUGGCUGUUUCUUCUAUCUUGGCAAAAACCAUCACAGUGGUUCUGGCUUUUAUGGCUACCAAACCAGGAUCCCAGAUGAGAAAAUGGGUGGGGAAGAAAUUGACUAAUUCCAUUGUUAUUUCCUGUUCCCUGAUCCAAGCAGGCAUUUGUACUCUUUGGCUAUCAAUGAACCCUCCAUUCCCAGAUGUUGAUAUGAUCUCAGUGACUGAAGAAAUUAUCCUGCAAUGUAAUGAAGGCUCUGUGACCAUGUUUUAUUGUGUCCUUGGCUAUAUGGGUUUCCUGGCUCUUAUCAGCUUCAUCACAGCUUUUCUUGCCAGGAAAUUACCUGACACUUUCAAUGAAGCCAAGUUCAUCACCUUCAGCAUGUUGGUCUUUUGCAGUGUUUGGUUGUCCUUUGUCCCAGCAUACCUAAGUUCCAAAGGGAGAUACAUAGUGGCUGUGGAGAUCUUUUCUAUCUUUGCUUCGGGUGCUGGACUUCUGGGAUGCAUCUUUUUCCCCAAAUGUUAUAUCAUUGUGUUUCGGCCAGACCUGAACAACAAGGAACAACUAAUGAGAAGAAAAGAGUGA